GGCAGCAGUAUACGGCCAGCCGAGCUUGCGACUAGACGUCGAGGUGGACGCCAGUCUUCAAGAAAGAAGAGAUUCCGCAAGUGUACAUUUUCCAAAUUCAACGCAAUGAAGCUCCUUUUACUCUUCAAAGUUUUGCUCCUUUUACUCAUGCGGAUUCACGGUGCGGAGUAUACUAAUUUUGCAGAUUUUCCGUGCGGUAGGAGUGAGAGGAUGAAAGCAACAAGGAUUGUCGGAGGUCAAAAUGCAGUUCCACAUGAAUUUCCAUGGCUGGUGAGUAUCACGAAGAACAAUGGACACCACUGCGGCGGCGUAAUUCUGAAUGACAAAUUUGUAUUAACUGCUGGACACUGUUUAUGUAGUUCCAGAGACUCAAAUAUAUAUCCAGUAAGACUGUUGGGCGUCACUUUGGGCAAACACAAUUUCUUGACUCCAGACAUUCCGGCCGCAAGACAGGAAAGAAUCAAAAAUGUGGUGUUGCAUCCUGGUUACAAGUGCGGCAAGUAUGUGAACGAUAUUGCUCUGUUGGAGCUCGCUAGACCGAUCAGUUGGUCGGAAAGCGUCAAACCUGCAUGUUUACCUGUGGCCACAGGAAAACUAGGGUAUAGCGCCUUCGACGGCGUGAAUGCUAUAACAGCCGGAUGGGGAUUGCUCGGAGAAAACAAAACCGAAAACAGGAGACCGGACGUGUUACAAAAAGUGGAAGUUCAAGUAGUGGCAAAUGAUAUUUGUAACAAAUGGUACGCGAGACAGAAAACGUCAGUCAAGAUUAACACAACGCAAAUGUGCGCCGGCUUCGAGAAAGGAGGAAAGGAUUCUUGCAGGGCUGACAGCGGUGGGCCCCUGAUGUUCAGAAGUCACCCAGACGAGCCCUUGAUGGUCAUUGGAAUGGUUUCAAGCGGUAUUGGUUGCGCUAGGGCACAACUUCCUGGCAUUUACACGAGACUCUCUGAUUAUGUUUCUUGGAUAAUGCAAGAAACAAACUAUAUAUAUUACAGUCAUUCUAUCGAUCACAGUGCUCUUUUACAAGUAUCUUUAAAUCCUCUAGAUCCAUUAAUAAUAAAGCUAUUUCCGUCACAAAAGAGACGUGAAGAAUUUUUAAAUAAGUUAACUUUUUAUCAAGGCUUGUGUUUAGAUAAAAUCCCAAUCAAAAUCCAAAAUGAAAUACAGCCCGAGGUAGUAAAUACGAAAAGGAGUAGCAUAUUGCAAGAGGCAAACAAAAAUUCUAAAAAACCACGAUUGACAAACGUUGAAUGUGAUUUGUUACCCAUUGAUAAAGCUGAGUCUGAAACAUUGAAAGAAAAUGAUUUUUCCAAUUUCCACUCACUCGAUUUGAUUCAUCUUUUAAACCAAACAUUUACUGGCCAGAAGAUUUUGAUAAAAUAUCGAGAUAAUUAUUUGCCACAAAAUAUUCGCAAAGUUUUAGUCGAUUUAAUUAUAAAAUCGUUAUUGGAAAUUCCACUAUCGAUUGACGGUAAUUUGCAGGUGCCAGAAUUAAAAAAUUACCACUUUCAAAUUUUAAGUAAUAAAUUGUAUGACAUUUUCACAAAAGAAGUUCCAGAGAUAUAUUUCAUUCCUCCAAAAACAGAAAGUAAAAAUCAAACUAUUGCACGUGGAAAAUUUGUUGACAAAUAUAGAAACUGGCGUACUACUCAAAAGGAAUUAAGCUUAAUUGAUUCGAAAAAUUCCACAGUUGAAAGUGAUGAAGAGGAAAAUUGUGCCCCUGCUGACAAACUUCCCAAUGAACAUAUCCUUUGGUUGCAAAAUAAUAAUGCUCCGUGGAGAAGCGUUCUCAAUCACUGGCAAUUGAGUGUUGAAGACAGAUUGCUAGAAUUUAAACACAACUUGGAAGGUGCUAAGAAGAUAUUUGACAAAUAUACAGUUUUAAAACAACCCUGUGGAUAUGAGUUGAUUGAAAGCGAUUUUACGUUCAAAAAAGGAAGGGAAAGAGCGUUAUAUACUAGGUGGCCAGAAUUGUCUAAAAAACUUCACAAUUUAAUGAAAAUUGAAAUAAAAGAUCAUGCUGCGAAGGAGUUACUCGAGACUCUUUCUUUUCCUAAUGUUUCUGAGGCUGAAAGAGACAUGAAAUUGUUAUUUCUCUGUGUCCACCAGUAUGUAAAAUCAGAAAGUCAAAAACUAUAUGGAAACCAAGUAUCGAAGAAGCACAGGCUUCUUUUAUUUUGCACGUUAAGACUCCAGGUGACAUCGAUAAAACAGUGGCCGGAAUGCGAGAUAAUUUGGUGCUCAACUUCGGUGCCAAUUUGGUGCCAAUUUUGAUGCUCAACUUCAACCUUUCGUCAUUGUUGUACCAGCAUUGUCAGAAAUUAUUGGAUUCUACGUGAACAUAGAUGACACAAGAUAUCGUUUCGAAAGUAUUCUCGCUGCUGUGGACUUAUGCUUCAAAAACUUUCAUGUUUUGCACGCGGAAUACCCAAAACCAAGUGAGCCAAUUUGGCUGUUUCUACAAAAAAGUGUGUAUUUUUUAGACACUCCCUGGGAUAAAAAACUGUCUUGUGUCACAACUCUCGUUGCUUCUGUACAAAAUAUUAAUAAUCUUCCCAUGUAAUAUUAAUAAUCUUUCCAUGUAACAACAUAAUUUAGGACUUGUUACAGUUAAACGAACUUGAAUGCACAGACAUUAGCGCACCAUUAUCCCACAGCAGAAUCAGUCACUUUAUAUAAUUAUUUGUUAAAAAUCUAAACGAACAUUAGCAAUUAUCUCUCUAAAUUAUAAUAUCAAAAUGUUCAUUUACUAUAUUUGUCGUUUUUCAGCACUUACUUCAUCUCUUUUAUUGCGUCAUUUUUAAAUUCAUCAUUUUAUCAUUUCUCGCAAUAAAUAUGUAUGUAAACAACAAAAUUGCAUUAGUGAAUUUCAAGACGCAUGGGAUGUUUAAAAAACAUCUUGAUAGAAAGAACAACCAUGAAAAGAAAAAGAUAUACACGAACCAGAUAAUUCUUCAGAUACUAAAUCACAAUCUCUUUCUUUUUCAAUACUGUCAACAGAACCUAUCUUAACUUCCCCAGAUAAAAAUAAAUCUUUUAAAAAUUUUAAGAGUAAUAUGUCCAGAGAUUUAAAAACUCUAAUAAAGAAUUCAGCAGGGUUUUUUGUGGCUAAAUUACAUAAUCAAACAGCAGUUCCUCGAAAUGUCGUACAAAAUUGUAUUAGUUUUACUGAAGAAUUUUUUAAAUGUGGUAUGUUCGAUAUUUUAAAAGAUAAAAUUUUCGAUAUUCUUAAAAAAGAAAAUUUUACAGAAAUGGAUAAGAAUAAUUUGGAAAUUAUAUUCAGUAGUGCAAGCAACCCUCUACAAGAUUUCAAUACAGAAUAUAAGAGAAUACAAUAUUUUAAGCGGACAGGAUAUUUCAUUGAACCUAAAUCAUAUAUAAUUGGUGAAGCUAAAACCUAUAAAUUAAUUAAUAGUGUAAAGAUGGAGAAAACUGUAAAUAUCAAAGGGCAAUUUAUUUCAGUAAAAGAGGUUCUCAGCAUUUUUCUUAGUUUACCUAAUUUUUUACAAAUUAUUUUAGAUAACAUGGAAUAUUUAUACAACAAAAUAGAUCCACAAUUCAUGUGCAAUAUUGUACAUGGAAAAUUAUGUCUCAAAUAAGAAAAAAUUUUGGUGAUAAAAUUGUAAUUCCACUCAUCGUUUAUUUUGACGAAUACGAAACAAAUAAUGUUAUAGGUUCUCAUACUGGGGUUGAUAAGAUAGGAGCAACGUAUUUUAUGUUAUCCACUUUACCUCCACAAUUUCAAUCUAUGUUAAAGCAUAUUUUUUAACUUUAUUAUUUCGUGAUACGGACAGAAAACUUUUGGAAAUAAAGCAACUUUCAAGCCUCUCUUAGAAGAAUUACAUGAUUUAGAAAUAAAUGGAUUGCUAAUUAAUAACGUUAGAGUUUACUUUCCUUGUAUUCUUGUUACAGGUGAUAAUUUAGGAAUACAUCAAAUUUGUGGGUUUGUUGAAAGUUUCUCAGCUAAUCGGAUUUGUCGUUUGUGUAAGAUUGAGAAAAAACAAUAUCAAAGACAAAUUGUGGAAGAUCCCAAUUUACUGCGUCAAAGCCGAGAUUAUGAAGAUCUUAAAUCUGACGUUUCCGAAACAGGUUUAACUGAAUAUUGCAUAUGGAAUGAUUUACCCUCUUUUCAUAUAAUGGAAAACGUGUUUUUCGAUUCAAUGCAUGAUUUUUGGGAGGGUGUUUGUGUGUACGAUUUAAGCACAUUAUUAUUACAUUAUAUACAAAUAAAACGUUUUACGUUACAAGAUAUUAAUGAUAGAAUCAUGGCAUUUAAUUAUGGUCCCGUAGACAAAGAAAAUGCUGUACCGUGUUAAAAAAAAGAGAAACUAAUGUAAAACAAAUUAGGUUUUUCGGCUUCUGAAACUUUAACUUUUGUUAAAUAUCUCGGAAUUAUAAUUGGUGAUUGUAUUCCAGUAAACGAUAAAUAUUGGGAUUUGUAUUUAUACCUUAGAAAUAUUAGUGACAUUAUCAAUUUGAGAUAUUUUCAAAAGAUUGCAUUACUCUAUUAAAAACAUUGAUUACUGAACACCAUGAACUUUAUGUACAAUUGUUUGGUGAAAAAUUAAAGCCAAAACACCAUUUUCUUCUGCAUUAUCCGAGAAUAAUUAAACUUAUUGGUCCACUUAGGAAUGUCUGGUGCAUGAGAGCAGAGGCUAAACAUAAACCAUCAAAAGUAACGGCUCACGUAUCAAAUUCACGGGUAAACUUACCGUAUACACUUGCCAUAAAGAAUCAAUUACAGCAAUGUUACAGUUUUAUGUGCAAAGAUUCUCUUAUUGAUAGGAUAGAAUGUGGUCAUGGUGAAAUAGUUACAGAUGAAACAUUACGUAAUAUGAAUCAUAUGUUGCCCGAUAGUUUCUACAUAAAUUCCAUAGUCUAUACUGUGCCAUGGAUUAUUAUUGAAAAUAUUACUUAUAAACCAUCUAUGGUAAUUACCAUAGGAUAUGAAAACCAUCUAUUACUUUUUGCUGAAAUCGUUAAUAUUUUAGUUAAUGCUGAAAAAAAGUGUUAUUUUUUAAUAAAAAGCAUAAUUACUUGUGGUUGGUCAUCUCAUGUCUGUGCAUUUCAAGUUCAAUUAACCAAUAACUUAUCUUCAGUCAAUUACAACAAACUGUUCAACAAAUUUCCAACCUGUAUUCAAAGUUCAGGAAAUGGAAAAUAUUUCAUAGUAUAUAAUGAAUCUUAAUUUUAAACGAAGCACUUACAAUGAGAUACGGAAAAAAGAUACAAUGACUCUUUAAUAAUAGCAUUUAAAAGAAUCUUGUAAUGUUACAUUUGAUGCGUUACAUUAGAUUAUAAAAAAAACUUUGUACAAAAAAUGUUCCUUCCAUUUUUUACAUAGUGUAAAUUAUUAUUAACUAUUCGUUAUUUUAAGGAAAGGAAAGUUUAUUUGAUAUAAAUUUUAUUUUACACACAAAUUGCAUAAAACGAAUUAUUAAACGUGAUUAUAUAUUUCUUAGUAUUUAAAGUAUUCAGAUGUACAAAAGGAAGGUGCAAACAGAAAAUUUGUGAUACUAUAUAUAAUAAAAUUCAUUUAUAGGAAAAAGAUUAUUUGUAAGCUUAAAACUUACAUAGCAAAAGUAUUACAGUACAGUUUAAUGUAAAGAUUUUUUUUACAAUGUUAUAUUUUAUAUAACUUUUACGAAUUUGUUGCUUUAAGAAAAGCUUGAAAUACAUUAUUUUGUUGUUCUCCAAUUUGACAAAAAAAAAAAAAAAAUUUUGUUUACAACAUAAUAAACACACAUGUAAUUGAAUAUUUAUCUUGUAUCUUUUCCUUUAUUGUAACUAAGAUAUUAAUUUUCACUUGUAGUAUUUUAUGAUGAAAUAAACAUAAUGAAAAAAAAGAAAUGCACUUUUUUUGUGUUAUUCAAUAUACUAUUUGUAGACUAUGAUAUGGGGGUAAUUUAAAACAAUGUGAAUAAAUUAAUUUCUUGUGU